AUGGCAGAAAACGAGGCUAAAGCCCGGAAGAAGUUGGAGGACGCGGAAAAAAAGGCAAAGGGUGGAAGUGGAUUUUUUAGUGGUUUAUUUGGCAGUGCUAAGGCAGAAGAAGCUGCCGAUCUUUUCGUGCAAGAUGAUUCAGAAACCGUAUUAAUAUGCGAAGAAAAUGGCUGUGGAAUGGGUUUUCAUGAUGUCGCCGCUUUUGAAGACCAUUAUGAGCGGUUUCAUAGAUAUCAGUGUGCUGUAUGUGGACGGCAAUUUCCAAAUACACAUUGCCUAGAAAUUCAUGCUGACGAGAAUCACUGUUCGAUUUUUAAGAUCAAAAGAGAUCGUAAUCCUUCCACAGCUCUGUUUCGAUGUUACGAAGUCUCUUGUUCCCAAAUAUAUGCAAGUCCGGAAAAAAGGAAUUGUCACUCUGAAGAGAUGCAUGGUAUUAGAGAUCCUUCACAAUUUAUGAGGAGGAAGUUGCCACGGAAAGAACUUGUAGUAGAACAAAUGAACGAAGUCAGCACUGUUAGCAGCAAUCAUCCUCGAACACUACGAAGAAUAGUUUUUGGCAAUGAACAGAAGGAGCCAACUUUUGAAAUUAGAAGAACGAAAGUUCACACAGACCAAUGA